AAGUUAGCUAAUUAAGCUAAACAGCGACAGAUCUUUAAGGCACAAUGGUAACAUCGUAAUCUAUGGUUGUUUGCAAACAGGAAAUCAGAAAUGAACUGACCAAAAAAGAAAAACAGUGAUUUAUUCAACGUUAGCAGGUCUUAGCGAAUGAGCCCAGCAAAUUCCCUAGUUAGCUACAGUAGCUAGCGAGCGAGCGAGCAACAACACAGCGCUGACAUUGUGAGCGCUAAGAGCCAAUCUUCAGUGACGUAUAAGGAAAAACUUGCGUAUCCACUUGUACACUGUCUUUGCCGGAUGCAUGGAAAAUGUUUUGACACUCCCAGUCAUCCGGCCUGUAACAAAUGGAGUUUCCAGAGGAGGUUCUCGCCCAUAUUUUCUCCUACCUCCCGUUGUGGGACCGGUACAGCGCCUCCUUGGUGUGCAAGGCGUGGUCCCAAACUAUGACCCACCCCUUUGUUUGGUACUACACCGAGGUCAGGUGUGAGUCCGGCGCAGAGGGCCGCGGCCUGCCGCAGUUCCGCCGGCUCCUGAAGCUGGUCCGCCACCUGAAGAUCUCCAUCCGCCACCCCAAGGAGGAGGCGGGCCGCAGCAUGGCGGUGCGGGCGCUCAGCUACACCACGGCGUCGGAGAGCCGUCUGAGCGCGCUCUGCGUCUCCUGCACGGGCGAUUUCCCGCUCUUCUACUCCGGCGAGGACAUCCUGCAGGGCAUCCGGGCGGUCUUCCUGAACGAGGACAGCGGGCUUUCGCUGCGCGAGGUGGACCUCCGCGAGAUGCCCUUCACGCUCAACGACUCGCUGGUCCUCAACGUGGCCCGCCGCAGCCCCGGCCUGCGCCGGCUGUUCGUCAACAACAAGACGCUGGUGUGCAACGUCACCGCGGAGACGGUGCGGCAGGUGCUGGCGCUGUGCCCGCGGCUGUGCGCGCUGGGCGCCUUCUACGCCAGCCUGUCCGAGGAGGUGCUGGGCGAGCUCCUCCGCCCGGGGAGGGCGCCCUUCUCCCUGCUGGAGCUGUUCUGCGAGAGGUCCGACAAGUACGCGCACAUGGUCUCCGACCGCUUCUGGGAGGCCCUGCGGGCCCGGCACCCGGCGCUGGCGGUCAACGUGGUCCUCAACCACACGCUUCCCGCCAAGAUGUUCCUGAAGAUCCUGCAGCCCAGCCUGCCUGUAAGGGAGCUGGAGCUCAUCACUUUCACCAGCCUGGUGACGGAGCUGGACUUCGCCGCCGGGCACUACAGCGACACGCUGGAGAGGCUGGUGCUGCAGACCUCGGCCCCCGGGGGCCAGCUGGACCCGGCCCUGCUGGUCGUGGCCGAGCGUUGUGGCCGGCUGAGGGAGGUGCACUGCUACUGCGUGGUGUCGCUGAGAGUGGUGGCCGCUUUCCUCCAGCACUGCCCCCAUCUCUGGAGGUACACCCUGAAGACCACGAAGGAGCCUCACCCCUGGACCUGCACCGUGCUCAAAUAAGGGAGAGGGGGAGGGAGGGAGGGAAGGAGGAAGAGGGAAGGAGAGAUGUGGUAGAGAGUGGGGGUGUCGCUGCGAGUGGUGGCGGCCUUCCUCCACCGCUGCCCCCGUGUCUGGAGGUACUCCCCGAAGACCACCUCACCCCUGGACCUGCACCGUGCUCAAAUAAGGGAGAGGAGGAGGAGAGAGGGAAAGAGAGAGAUGUGGUGGAGAGUGUGCGAGGGAUGGGUAGAGUGGGAGGACAAGACAACACUAUGAUUAUCAGCUUAUGCAAAUAAGAAAACACCAAUUUCUGCAUUUGAUAUAUUCACGUAUUAUGAGUUCAACAAACAAAGCUUUGCCUUUUUGUAAAGUUUCAUAUCAUUAACACAUAAUGUAAGGGAGGAGACAUGCAUGAACAUAUUUCUUAGCCUAUAAAAAACACACGCAUAGAUCACUUUACAUCGCUUUUAUUUUGUCCUUUUUCAGCAGGUCAGUGGCAUAGAAGAUGCACGCCAUAAUUCUCAGUCUCAGCAAAGGCCAUGCAAUUAAUCAGGUCCUAUUUUUGGAUGCCUCAAAGGUUCCUUUUAUUGCAGUUGUAUCAUCAAUCAGUGCCAACGGAGAGCAUUUUUUAAUGAGUGGACUUUGACCCCCCUGAUAAUCACUCAUAGGUGUGUUUAACCCGUGUGUUUAACCCUGUUUCCUUAUAGCUGAUUCCUUAUAAUGAAACUGGCCUGGGUCAAAUAUAACUAGAACAUUGUUGAAAUUUUAAAGUAAUGCAGAAAUAAAUGUAUGCAAAAUAA